AUGACAACAACCGUCACAACAAUAGCUGAGUGUCUCAUGCAAUAUGACCCAGUGAACGCUGGGUAUGAAAUAGGCCCGAGGGUUGACUCGUCGUACCGGACAUUAGUAGUGGUUUGGUAUCCGAAUCAAUGUAAUUACCGCGAGUCAGUGCUAUGGCACGCCAGCGGUCAGGCAGCAUACUAA